AUGAUGGCACCCAGCGCCCUCCCCCCGCAAGAACAUGUCACCUUCCACGCCGGCAAGGGCAAGCAGACGCGGCCCGUACUGACGGGGUCGUCCAUGAAGCCCACCUUCGACGCGAUCCCGGUGGUGGACCUGUCCAAGGCCCGGUCCUGCGAUCUGGCGGACCGGCAGUCGGUAGCACGCGAGAUAGGCCGGGCCUUUACGGAGGUGGGCUUCAUGUACGCCGUGAACCACGGCAUAGGCGAGGACGUGCAGACGCGUGUGCGGGACGUGGUAGAGGCCUUCUUCGCCCUGGACCCGGCCGAAAAGAUGAAGGUUCACAUCAACCGGUCGGCCACGAUACGCGGCUACGAGGCCCUCCUCGAGACCCGGCUGGACGACCGCACCCGCGGCGACAUGAAGGAGGCCUUCAACAUGGCCGACGACCCGUACGAGGCCGAGCAGCGCGCCCCCGCCGACCUCGACAUGUCGGCCUACCCCGCCGCCGACCGGGGCCCGACUGGCUCCCUGAACCAGUGGCCCGACCUGCCCCCCUCGUUCCGCCGCUCCAUGUACGAGUACCGCGCCGCGGCGCAGGGCGUGGCCUCGACCCUCCUGCGGCUCACCGCCCUGGCCCUGGACCUGCCGGAGGCCUACUUUGACGGCAUGGCACGCUUCCCCAUGGCCGGGCUGCGCGCGCUGCACUACCCUCCCCAGGGCCGGGACCGGGACGGCGACGGUGGCGCCGUCGGCAUAGGCGCCCACGCGGACUACUCGUGGUUCACGCUCGUCAACCAGCUCACGCCCGACGCCGCCGGCCUCGAGGUCCUCGACGCCAACGGUCACUGGGUGUCCGUCCCGCCCCUGGAAGGAAGCCUGGUCGUCAACGUCGGCGACUUCCUCGAGAGGGCCACCAACGACCGCUUCGUCAGCACCGUUCACCGCGUGCGCAACAAUGACGGCAGGGGCGUCCACCGUUACAGCCUGGCCUACUUCUUCUCCCCCACCCACGACGUCCUCAUCCGCACGCUGCCUACCUGCCUCGGUGAGGGCGGGGACCGCAAGUACGACGAUAUCAGGGCCAGAGAGUGGCAGCAGCAGAGGCUGCUGAGGGCCAGGACUAAGCAUCCUGCCAGUAUACUGGCCAAGGAGAGGGGGGAGAUUUGA